UGCAUAUCCAAAGUGCAAAUAUUAGAUUCUACUUAGAUUUACACAGUAGACAAAUAAUCUACAAGGAAAUCUACUUGCCGAUGUAGUUUUGUAGGUUCUUAGAUUACAUCCUUAUCUUUAAUUUAGUUCACAUCUCGAUCCCAUCAUGGAAUCGUGACAACGUAUGGCGAAGAGACAACAGAGUUACUUUCAGGUUGAAAUCAUUCCCUCGGGUUUCGGGAAGAACAGAGAUCCCCACCCCAUCUCUUUACUCCUCCUCUUCCGGUCCCCAGCCCUUCUCUUUUUCUAUUGCUUUUGAUCGGGUGACGCCCAGCUGCGUUCGCAGAGGUUCUCGUUCUUAAUCGAUCGCAAACGAGAUGCUGUUGCUUCUCUUUCUUCCUCGAUCUCCUUUGACACUCAACCGCUGCUUCUUUAGCCAAAAGAAAGAGACCGUAAGGUCUUAUGACUCCUCCGCCUCCUCUCUGUCUUCCUCCUAUUUGAUCCCGCAAGCCAAUAGAAGCUUUAAGUUGUAGGAUGGGUUGUGUGCAUAGCAAGUGCUUUGACCAUUCCAAGAAGGGCUGCUGCAGCUGCGGCUGCGGCUGCAACUGCAACCGCUGCCUCCACUGCUCCCACUGCCGUGCCUCCGCCGACGAUGACGCCGAACCCUCCCGCGUCGACGAGGACGACCGCUUGCAGCAGCACAGCCACCUCAUUCGCCACGUCCUCUCCGCCGCCUCCCUCGGCUCCGCCGAUGUCCCCUCCGCCGGCCUCCGCCUGCAUUACUCCUCCCUCACGCAGCGGGGCUACUACCCCGGCUCGCCGGACCGCGCCAACCAGGACAGCUUCUGCGUGAUGACGCAAUUCCAGGGCAACCCCGACCUCCACUUCUUCGGCGUGUUCGACGGCCACGGGGACUUCGGUGCCGAGUGCGCCGCGUUCGUCCGCGACAAGCUCACGGCCGUCCUGUCCGCCGACCCUCGCCUGUGGGAGAACCCCGCGGAAGCGUACGACUCGGCUUUCGCCGCCACGAACUUGGCGCUCCACGACAGCGAGAUCGACGACUCGAUGAGCGGCACCACCGCGAUCACGGUGCUCGUCCGGGGCGACACGCUAUUCGUCGCGAACGUAGGGGAUUCGCGGGCGGUGGCAGGUGUUUGGGAUUGGGACCGCGUGGUGGCGGAGGACUUGUCGAGCGACCACACGCCGUUGCGGAAGGACGAGUGCGAGAGGGUGAGCCUGUGCGGGGCGAGGGUGUUGACAAUGAACCAAUUGGAGAGCGAGGGCGACGAGGAGAGCGACGGCGGCGGCGACGAGGAGAGCGACGACGGCGACCCGCCAAGGCUGUGGGUGCAGAAUGGGAUGUAUCCGGGGACGAUGUUCACCAGGAGCGUCGGAGACUUGGUGGCGGAGAGCAUCGGUGUUGUCGCCGUCCCGGAGAUCAAGGUGGUGAAGAUAACUGACAACCAUUCGUUCUUCGUCAUAGCAAGCGAUGGGGUUUUCCAGUUCCUCUCCAGUCAAGCAGUAGUUGACAUGGUUUCUAGUUUUGUGGAUCCCCGCGACGCCUGCUCAAAGAUCGUUGCAGAAUCCUACAAGGUGUGGUUGGAACGCGAAGGCCGGACUGAUGAUACGACGAUCAUCAUCGUCCGCAUCAAAGAUUUGUCUAAGAUGCAUCCAAUUGUUUGAGAUUCUUCUCAUCAGCUAAUAACCAUCAGCGAAGCUGUUGUUUCAUAGACAAGAACAGAGAAGGCGAUUUCUUUCCAUCAUUUUUAGUGGAUCUAUAUAUCAAUAGUGAAGCUAAACUGUUUGUAAGCUUGUUCCAAUUGACAAGAUCAUGUAUCAACCCAUGAUCUGGGGAUGGACUCACAAGUUUUUGAGUUCAGUAAGAGUCUUCAUUUCAUGUUCGAACUGUUUAAAGCCGUGUUCAUAUGAGUAGAUUGCACUCGUC